CUGUGUUCUGCCAUCUAUCGUCUAUCGCACAUUGUCGCCUUUCGCCCGUCGUGCCCGUACCUGUGCGUUUACUCGCUCACUUGGGGUUGCUCGCUAUAGCGCUUUGCGUUCGCCUGUGUUCCCGUUCCGUUCGCAAUCGUGUCAGUCGAGAUUGAGAGUGCGAAUUUGGCCUACAGACCUAAUUUUCUGUCUGCAGCCAAAACAAACCCAAUUAAAUACCGAAAAUCAGUGUAAAAAUUUAAGUGAAAAUAGUUUUUAUUAAAAACAAAUACAUAAAACAAGUGCUACGCCAUGUACGAAAUACGAAAUACGCAAUAAAAAUGAUUUAAACAAGAAAAAAAAAAUAUAAUACAAAAUAAAAAUGUAAGAAAGCAAGAUAAUUCUGCUACAUUGGUGAAUUGUGUGCGAAUUGCACAAUUGUAGAACUUUUUUUCUACACUUUACACACAAAAUAAAAAAAAAAACAAAAAAAAAAAGAUUAAAAGAAAUACAUAUAAUAUAUACACACAUACAAAUUGAAGAAGUGAAGUUGAGCGCAGUGUCAGUCGAGUCUAUGUAGUGUAUUUCUUCUGUGCCUUUGGGGUUGGGGAGCGUGGUGAAGUGGUUUGGCAGGAAGGAAUUAUCGCAUAUGCGUUCGGGAGCAGCCGCGAAGUCCGCGUUAGUUGAAACGUCAAGUAGUUGGUGGUGUUGGGCGAGUAAUUGUGGUGCAUAGUUGUUAUUGUGUCAUAGCUACAGUUGGACUGUUCCAUAUAUACUAACGUACAUGCAUACAUACAUAUGUAUGUGCAUACAUAUGAAUGUAUUUAUGAAUGUACCUCGCCUCCCACCUUGUUACCCAAUCUAGUUAUACUUAAAUACAUACGUACAUACAUACAAACAUAUGUGCGCUUGCAGCUGUGUAUUCGACAUGAAAGGCAGGCUCUUCUGGCUAGCGGAGACGCAAGACGUCAGAGCACGAUAACUAGUUGUUACCGCUGCUGCUGCUGGUGCUGGUGCUGCUACAGCUGCAAGCAUAUUCGCAAAGAUAUUUUUUGAAUUGGACUGCAAUUUGCAAUUCCAUUCUGGAGCUUUCGCGGCGGUGCGGUUUUCAGUAAUGUUUCUCUUGUUAAUAAAUGUGUGCUAAUAGAACGGAAAUAAAGCAAGAAAAAAACAAAAAUAAAAAAAAGGUGAAAUAAAGCGGUAAGAGAAGCAAGUUGCACACAGUGCUCUAGUGAUAUUCAUCCGCCGCGGUGUACCAUUUGUGAUGAAAAAAAAAACAAAUUCAAUACCUAAUUUUAGAGGUUAAAAGACAAAGUGACGAAUGCUCUUUUUGUGAACUUUGCCAGGCUGGUGCACCAAUUUCAGCCAACACUAUGCUAUAGUGCCAAUUUCAAUUAAUUAUCAGUGUAUACACGAAAAGAACAGAUGUGAAUCCGCUCCAGACGUGUUUGUAUGUGUACACCACAGACGCCUAGGUUAACCCAAGUCAUCAACUUUAUGCAGACGAUGUCUCUAAAUGACUACAUAUACAUACAUACAUACAUACAUACAUACACACACAUGUACAUAUUACCUCAACACAGCAGCCAGCCAGUAACUGUAAGGAAGCUUAUUUAUAGUCAGCCAAGGAUUGGCACUCCAGCAAUACGGGCACAUCAUCAUUGCAGUGAAAGGAAGCAACAACAGUUUGAAACAAUUGCUCCGCUGGAAGUAGUCUGUGCAUUGGAGACCAAGUAUACUUACUGAAUAACGUCUGGAUAUUGUCAGCGUACUCGUGGUGUGAAAAUAAACUCGUAUAAGGAAGAGGAAUUGGAUUACAUUCUACCGUGUCCGUGUAUCUCUAUCUAUCUUGUAGUGUGGUGCAUAGAGAAUGUGAAGUAGGCGAAAAAGUGUAAAAGAAGAAGAAGCAGAAGCAGAAGCAGACAACAACGAACAAGUAGAAACAGUAACUUGUACCUGCCACUCAACAUACAUAUUUACAUGUAAACACAAAUAUAGAUAUUUACAUACUACAUAACCUCAAAAUUAAGUGUUUUUUAAAAGAGAGCGUCCAGCAAUGGACGACUACAGCAGUGUUCCAAUGCUCUCCAAUAGUGGCUAUACUAAUAGUGCCAACAACAACAUCAACAACAACAUCAACAACAACAACAAUACCACCGUACAAACACAACUACAAACACAUCAUCACAAAGAUCAAAUGCUAAGUGCUGGCAAUGUGCCAGCUACGCCCUUCAUCUAUGAACUGCCUGUUAGUCACAAAACCAAUAGCGGCAACAACAACAACAACAGCCAUUUGGUUAAAAACUCCACCAGUGAUUACACCGUCUUCACCAAUUGCAUACAACAAUCCACAUUGCUCGAUCAACGUACCGUGGAUGUGAGCAAUAUCGAUGGCGUCUCACUGAGCAGCCUCUGUGACCUGAAAUUUCCCAAUUCCCCAAUGGCGGAUAGUAAUUUUAAGAAUAUUUCACUCAUUAAUAUCGAGGCUAAUAAUGUUUUGGUGCCUGCUAAAACCAUAACAACCAAUGAAUUAAUUACCGAUGGCAAUGAUGGUGUCGUCGAGUCAACCUUUGCGAAUAUUUUAUAUGUCAAGGACGAUAUCGUUAUAGAGGCGAAGGAUAAGCAAAGUUGUGGCGUCGGCAGUGGCCGUGGUGGCGGCGGCAGCGAUACAGCGCAGGUAACACAUGUGACGCACUAUUUGCCCCUGAAAGUGAACAAUCCGCCAGCUGUUGGAGAAGCAAAGUUUUCAAAGGCCACAGUCACGGUCACGGCUGUGCCUGCUAAUGCUGCUGUUGCCGCAACAAGCGCGGUGAGUGCGCUGCCGAAUAACAGUAUGAUGACUGGCAUGUCGUACAACACAGUCGAAACGGUCGGGAGUUUAACGAAUGCUCCCGCUACGGCGGCUGCUGCUGCUGCAGGUGGUAGUCGUAUUGGCCGAGGCGGUGGCAGAGGUAGUAAAAGCAAUAGAGGCAGUCGGGUGGCGAGAGGACAUGGAAAUGGCAGAGGUGGUCGUGCAGCAGCAAAUCGUCAGCAGCAACAGCAGGUAAAGCAAACAGAAGCUCUUGGCUCGCCCAUACUGGCGUCAGCAGGCGGUAACGGUGAAUUUUUUAAAUGUGUGAGUCCAGGUAAUAAUUUCAAUGCUGUAAUUUUGGCGAAUAAUGAGCAUCACAAUAACGGUAGUAGCAGCAGGAACAACAACAAUACCACCAAUAACACCGUCAACAAUUCAGCUGAUAAUCAAAUAACAACAACAACAAUUUUAACAACAACAACGUCCCCAACAGUAAUGACAGACACUGCCAGCAGCAAAAUCAUCACACAUCCUAUCAGUAAUUUCAUUAGCAGCAGCAAUACUAACAACAACAACAGCAUAAGCAGCAAUCACAGCCAGAAUAGCAGCGCCAGUAGCGUUAGGAGUAGUUGUAGUAAUAAUAUUAACAUUAUUAGUAAUAAUAAUAGCCAAAUCAACAACAACAACAGCAGCAGCAACAUGCCAACAAUCAAUGCAAUUUGCAACAACAACAACAACCACAAUGUACAAAAUACAAACAGUAUUGCAACAAUGAGCCAAACCCGGCCAACCGUUUUGCAGUGCGUUGAUGAGGCGGCUGCGGCAGCGGCAGUGGCAGCGGCUGCGACUGCUCUUUCGCCUACUCAGUGCCCUGCCGGCGCUGUUAUAAUGUCCAAUUGUGUUCCUGAAGCCAACUGCAAUAGCAGUAGUAGUAGCAACAACAACAACAACAAUAAUAAUAAUACAUCAACGUUAUCACCCAGUUCCAUGGAGGCUCUAAUAGAGUCAGACAAUCAACAAAUAUCACAACAUCAACAACAACAACAACCACAACAACAACAACCACAACAGCUACAUUCACAACAACAUCAACAACUAUUGAACUCAUCUGUUAGCAUUGACGAUGAUUCGCUAUCGUCUAUGGACGAUCUGCUGGACGAUCAGGAGAUAAGCGAAGCCAGUUUCGGUUGACAAUAUUCUGUUGGUGCUGAGCUGUAAUUAAAUCAUAAUAAAUAUCUGCCUGCUGCAAGGAUUAAUGCUGUGUAAAUAAAAAAAGUUAUGACGUCAUUAAAUAUUUGCAGAUUAUGCUGGAAUAAAAGUGUUUUAAAUGGAAAACAAUGCUGGGACAUUAA